CAUUUCCAAGGGGUAUUACCCCAGCAAAACCGUUCCUCUGGACUCUUCCAUUGUUUCUGUUAAAAAUAGUCACUUGUGAACACCGAUGGCAACCGCAGAACCCGAAGUUCCGGUCACCGAGCAGCCUCUUCAGGCGGAAAAGCUUGUGAAGGAGAAGAAGCCGAAAGUUACAAAGGAGAAAAAGCCUAAGCAACCAAAACCCGCUGCUCACCCUCCUUACUUCCAGAUGAUAAAAGAGGCGAUUCUGGCUUUGAACGAGAAGAGUGGUUCGAGUCCGUACGCAAUAGCCAAGUACAUGGAGGAGAAGCAGAAGGCGGUGCUUCCAGCGAAUUUUCGAAAAAUAUUAGCUCUUCAACUUAAAAACUCUACCGCCAGAGGCAAACUGAUAAAGAUCAAGGCCUCUUACAAGCUAUCCGAAGCUGGUAAAAAAGCAACGAAAGCUAAAACAGAGAAGAAAGCAAAGCCAGCUGCGAAGCCGAAGAAAGCAGAGGCUACAAAGAAACCGGCAAAGAGAGUUGGAGCUAAGAAGAAAUCAACUCCUGCAAAACCAAAGCAGCCUAAAUCCAUCAAGUCAGUCUCCGCUAAAAGGGCCAAGAAGACCACUGCGUAGAACCAAUUUGUAGAAAGUUUUAAAGCUAUGUAUAUAUAUAGUCAUCCACUCUCUUUGUGAUUAUCUUAUAAGUGUUGUUGUUUGUGCUUUUGAGCUGCAAUGGAGAAGUGACUUUUCUAUGUAUGAAAAUCUCAAUCUUAAAUAACAAUGAGCCCAAUAUUCCACA